CUAGUAACUUACGAAUGCCUGUGCGAGUGGUACGUGUUUAGCUCUUGGUCCGGACUCCCGCAAGAUAUACUAAUACAAUGACGGUUUUGUGAGAUGGUUUCAAGUUCUGUUAAAUCAGUGUUAUUUGCAGCAAGUUUUGCGGUUACUAUGUGUCUCUGAGGAAUGAUAAUUCAGGCAAAAGAGAAGGAAAUGAUAGCAUAACUUUUGUCAGACUGCAUUUCUGCAUUACGAAAAUAAUUUCGGAAUAGAAUUUAAUGCAAUUCAAUGUGUAUAUGAACAAAACUCUGCAGCAGGCUUUCCAAAGAUCUGCAUUAAUGACUGAACGAGGCCGACACGCUCCUUAGCCGAAGCGUCACGGGGACACGAACCAGAAUGGGGAACAAGGUGUUUAAGAGAAAGAAAGCAGCCUUCAACGAGCCAGACACCACCCAGGAGGAUGGGCUGCCGACGGAAGAUGCUCCGCCCCCGCCAGGACCCGCCCACCACGACCCCAACGCGUGCUCGAUCGUCCUGGCCAUGCACACCUUCCACCGGCGAAACGAAUCGGAGCUCUCCUUCAGUAAGGGAGAUAAGAUGGAGAUAAUCGAUAACCAGGACCCGGACUGGUGGCUCGGAACCAACAUCAGGACGGGAGAGAAAGGUUACAUACCCGUGCCUUACGUCGCUCUCACCUCUUCCCUCGAAAGCCAAGACUGGUACUUCGGAAAAAUCUCGCGGCAGGAAGCGGAGCAGCUGCUGCUCAGUAGAUACAACGACACCGGCGCAUACAUGAUAAGAGCCUCGGAAUCCGGCCAUGGCCACACCAUCAGCAUCAGGGCCUUCAACUGGGCGACGAACCGGCCGGAGGUGAAGCACUUCCGCGUCUACGGCUCCGUCCAGGAAGGCUUCUACAUCUCCAAGAAGAAGUCCUUCUCCACCCUCAACGACCUCAUCGAGGACUACAUGCACGACAACGGCACCGAGCUCUCGAUGCUCCUGAAGACGCCCUGUGUGAGGUUCGAGCCGGAGCUGCCGGACAUCUCUCGGGAGUGCGUGGACAACUGGGAGGUCCCGCGGGAGGUCCUGCAGUGGAAGAAGAAGAUCGGCCAGGGAUCCUACGGCGAAGUCUGGCUGUGCUCUUGGAACCAGACGGUGGACGUGGCGGUGAAGACCAUGAAGAAAGGCUCGAUGCUGGUCCAGGAAUUCCUCGAGGAAGCCAAGAUCAUGAAGGGCCUGAGGCACAAGAACAUCCUGGUCCUGUACGCCGUGUGCACGCUCGAGGAACCGAUCCUGAUCAUCACGGAGUACAUGAACCAGAGCUCCCUCCUCGAAUACCUGCGAGAUGAGACCAGGACGGUGGGAGAGAUCAAUGACCUCAUUUACAUCUCUUAUCAGGUCGCUGAUGCCAUGGCGUAUCUGGAGUCGCUGCAGCUAAUCCAUCGUGAUCUGGCAGCGAGGAACGUCUUGGUGAAGGACGGACUCCACUGCAAAGUAUCCGACUUCGGGCUGGCGCGAAUCAUAGACGAGGAAUAUAACCCGACCAGCAAUUUAAAAUUCCCGGUGAAGUGGACAGCACCCGAGGCCUUACUGAAGGGUACAUUCACCAUCAAAUCCGACGUGUGGUCCUUCGGCAUCCUAUUGACCGAAAUAUUUUCCUUGGGGGCCGUGCCUUAUCCAGGCUUAUCAAAACAUGAAGUACUGACAAGCAUCCAGCAGGGAUAUCGAAUGAGCAAACCGGAAUUCUGUCCUGAUGAAAUCUACGAACUUAUGUACUGCUGUUGGAAUAUCACGCCCGAAGACAGGCCGACGUUUAGCUUCAUCUUCAACUUCCUCCAGAAUUUCGACGUCCAGAGAGUGCGCGGGUACGAGGAGGCCCGUCAACUGUACUGAGAAAAUGGAUCAGGAAUCCUCCAAAAAAAACUGUUUUCAGAACGCAUCGUGCUUUUAUGGAAGCCGUUUUGGGGCAACUUUGAGAUAUUUCCAUUUUCUAGUUCUUGGCCUUUAACAUAUGUACAAGUGAUACUCGUGGAUGCAACAGUAGCUUUAUAUUUAUAGUACAUGAUUUGUAAUGAUUAUUUUGUGGUCAUAAGAUUACCUUAAUACCUGGCAGAAUUACCUACAAUUCUCAUUGCUUCAAUUGUCAGUUUAAUGUUAAGAUGAAUAAAACAACAGAAAGAUGAUCUUUGAUAAAAGGUUAACUGGUAUCAGGCACCUUCUCUGCAGCACUUAAGUUCCUUACCUCGCUGCAAUCAUUAUUAUCAAUAUAGAACCAGCAUUUUGACUGAGCUGUUGAUGCCAACCAAACGCCAUUUGCAACUGAAGUAUAGGUUUCAGUGGAUUAAAUUUCAUCCCCCAAAAUUAUAGGAAGACAUAGGAAUUUACAGUAAAAAGGUAGAUGACAGAUUGGGUAGAGAUGCGAUCAGCUGAUAUGUAUUGUCGUUGGACGGCAGGAGCGGCACUCUGUUUGUUUACAUUCUCGUACCACUGUAUAGUCGGAAAAAAAAAAAAACUUAUCAGUGUACAUGGCUGUAAUGUCCGCGGUUUACAUAAAGCUGGAGAGGAUUUGUAAUUCAUCAAAUGGGAAUACAAAUGCUUCAGAUGGAUUGGCAAAUGCUUUACAUGGAAUCUUCCAAGCUAUCAUUGCUCUUUAUAACGACGGAGUAACGGUGAGAUAGCGUCAUAACGUUUAGAGGCUGUUUUAGCGGCAGGGGGAGGAAAUACAAAUUAUUGAAAUUAUAAAUCCCAAUUUCUUUUAAUCUACACGCCCUAAUAUUAAAGAACAAAUAUAUAUCAUUAUAAACAAAUUCAUACUAACAGUUGAAUUUCACCAUACGUCGCAGAGGGUUGCACUGAAAUAAAUAUAGAAAAUAACAAGGAGACAUGACCGCUCAUUUGUCUUACAGUAACAUCUGUUGAAUCA